CGAGGAGUUGCAGCGGUGGCCGGAUGCCAAGUGUAAGUGAUCUUUUAUUAAGCAAAAAUGCAUCGAACAACGAGAAUCAAAAUCACGGAGCUAAACCCUCACCUGAUGUGCGUGCUUUGUGGAGGGUACUUCAUUGAUGCCACAACCAUCAUAGAGUGCCUACACUCCUUCUGUAAAACAUGUAUUGUGCGUUAUCUGGAGACCAGCAAGUAUUGCCCUAUCUGUGAUGUCCAAGUUCACAAAACCAGGCCACUCUUGAAUAUAAGGUCAGAUAAAACUCUUCAAGAUAUUGUGUACAAAUUAGUUCCAGGGCUUUUCAAAAAUGAAAUGAAGAGAAGAAGGGAUUUUUAUGCAGCUCAUCCUUCAGCUGAUGCUGCCAAUGGCUCUAAUGAAGAUAGAGGAGAAGUUGCAGAUGAAGAUAAGAGAAUUAUAACUGAUGAUGAGAUAAUAAGCUUAUCCAUUGAAUUCUUUGACCAGAACAGAUUGGAUCGUAAAGUAAACAAAGACAAAGAGAAAUCGAAAGAGGAGGUAAAUGAUAAAAGAUAUUUACGAUGCCCAGCAGCAAUGACCGUGAUGCACUUAAGAAAGUUUCUCAGAAGUAAGAUGGAUAUACCUAAUACCUUCCAGAUUGAUGUCAUGUAUGAAGAGGAGCCCUUAAAGGAUUACUAUACACUGAUGGAUAUUGCCUACAUUUAUACUUGGAGAAGGAACGGACCACUUCCUUUGAAAUACAGAGUUCGACCGACUUGUAAAAGAAUGAAGAUCAGUCACCAGAGAGAUGGACUGACCAAUCCUGGAGAACUGGAAAGUGACUCUGGGAGCGACAAGGCCCACAGCCCCGCAGGAGGGGCUCCCUCCACCUCAUCUUGUUUGCCUAGCCCCAGCACUCCAGUCCAGUCUCCUCAUCCACAGUUUCCUCACAUCUCCAGUACUAUGAAUGGAACCAGCAACAGCCCCAGCGGUAACCACCCAUCUUCCUUUGCCAAUAGACCUCGAAAAUCAUCCGUGAAUGGGUCUUCAGCAACUUCAUCUGGUUGAUACCUGGGAACUGUUAAGGGAAAAAAAUUUUACAGCCCCGAUUUAUAUAGAUAUCUUCAUGCCAUUACAGCUUUAUAGAUGCUAAUACAUGUGAUUAUCGUCCAAUUUGCUUUCUUUUGUAGUGACAUUAAAUUUGGCUAUAAAAGAUGGACUAGAUGUGAUACUCAUGGACGCUAAUUGAUAUGAAAGAUUGUUUCUAUGAAGAAUUGGUUUUGGGGAAGACAGGAUUUUUUUUCUGUGUGUUAGGAAAGAUGUGAAAUGGAUUCUGUAACCAUCGUUUGGAUUUGGAAAUAUUCUGCAGAUAUAAGCAUUGGGCCAUAGUUUGUUAAUCUCAACUAAUGCCUACAUUACAUUCUCCUUAAUUGUUCUUGUUAUUAUGCUGUUUUGUGAACCUGUAGAAACCAAGUGCUUUUUAUCUUGAAAUUCAACAAAACAGAAAGAAUACACAUAGAAUAAUGCAUUCUAUGUAGCCAUGUCACUGUGAAUAACAAUUUCUUGCAUAUUUAGCCAUUUUGAUUUCUAUGUUUCAUUUUUCCUUCUUUGUUGCUGCGUGCAAAACCGAUCAAAGGAAAAGUAAACUUCAGUUUUACAAUCUGUAUACCUGAAAGCGGGUAUUACCGUUUAUUUUACUGACUUGUUUAAAUGAUUCGCUUUUGUAAGAAUCAGAUGGCAUUCUGCUUACUGUACAAUGCCAUAUUGGUAUAUGACAUAACAGGAAACAGUAUUGUAUGAUAUAUUUAUAAAUACUAUAAAGAAAGUAAUUGUGUUUCAUGCACUCAGAAAUGGUUAUUAAAAUUCUCCCAACUGGUUGUUCGACCUUUGCAGAUACCCCAUGUUUCAGCAUUUUUUAUCAGCAUAGACUAUUUUUAAUGUGGAACUAUACCCCUAAAUUCUGUUCCAUUGGGAGCCAUUGACAACACAUUAUAAUACUGAAUUUCCUCCAGUAGUACAUGUUUACUUGUAAAUUUAAUCCUUGCCACAAAGGCAAUGCCUGAUUACAGGAUCUGAAAGAUUAUUCACUUUCCAUUGAUUGUGAUAUGUUUGAUGGGUUUUUAAAUGUACAUUUACCACUAUGAUUCUAAAAUAACUUUUUAAGGAAACCAAGUUGCUGGAAGAAGGCAUUUUAUCUAAAAUAUUUUAAUAAAUGGUAUAGCAGUAAUUUCAAAUUUAAGAAUUGACAGUUGAGAACAUCGAAAUAUGCUUUCUAAUAUCUACAAGUGAACACUAUGCGCUUCUACAAGUUGGUUGUUCUUUUUUUUUUUAAUAGAGUGAGCAUGUUGAGUUUUAAAUACGUAUAACCCCAACAAUUUUCAGUUUGUUGUUUGCCCUGGUCGAACUUCAUGUGUUUUCAUCACCCAUCAGUUAUUUGUAAGGGUGUUUAUUCUCAAUGAAUAUUGUUUCAUGUUUGUACGGGAAAAUUGUAGCUAAACGUUUCAUUGUUCCCUCAGUCUGUAAAAGAAGCACAAUUCUAUUGCUUUGUCUUGCUUAUAGUCAUUAAAUCAUUACUUUUGCAUAUA